AUGGGAAGCUUGGAGAACUGGAGCUCCGACGAGGGCGACGGCCCCAGAGACAAAACUCCCCGGUCCCACAGACCCAGCCAUCAGUCGUCGCGGCGUAGCAUGAACCGCUCAGUGUCCAUCUUAUCCAACUUGUCCGAGAUGUCGGCGUCGGUCACCUUCGGCUCUCAAUGGUACCGAAACGACUCGGACAGGUAUGGCCACCGGUCGUCUGACCACCGGGCGCCGAGGACGAGGACUCCCUAUCGCGACAUUGACGACGACUGGUCUGACGAGCCUUAUGACGAGAGGGACCGCUCCGAGGGGGCCUCAGGCUCCGACAAUGACGAUAGCAAGCAGAAAGUCAAGCGGCGGCAAUCUACGAAUGUUGAUGUAGAUGCUGGUGCUGGAUCCAGCUCUUCGGCGUCAACUGGGAGUCGCCCUAUUGCCAUCCCUAGGUCGAGACAAAAUAGCGUUGCCUCUGCCAUCACGAUACCAGAAGCCCUAUCUGCAAGGGGCGAACGGCAAGGUGCAUAUUUCCCCUUUCACGAAGAUCCCAAAACUCGUGUACGACAUUCUCAUCCUUUCUACUACGACAUGAAGAAUCAGGAUAUUGCUUCGCCUUCGCUUGAGGAUGUGGAUACGGGUGCGGACGCAGAUGUGGAUAUGCCCAAGCCCAAGUCUCAAUAUGAGCUGUCCAGCUCCACACAAGACGAUUCAUACGGGUUCCUAAGCGACGAUGAAGACAGUGAGCCUUUCAUCUCUGCGUCGAUGGGCAAAUAUUACCCACAAGUCUACGAAAGGCGCCAGGCGUUGAAGAAGGGUAUUGCCCUGCCAGCUUUGCCAACAGCAAGCAGCAGCAAGCCCUCUGGUAGCAAGUCUACAGCUUCCAAAUCUCACAGGCGUCGACCAAGGCCUCGGACUCCCGUCAUUGUUCCCCGACUAGCAGCGACUACCACUGAAUCCAUCCCGCCCUUUCAGCUAGAGUCGGCGGAGUAG